AUGGACUCACUACCCCCAUUUUCAUCAUCAGUAUCGGCGGCGCAGCUGGCGGUUGCGGCGUUGUUCGGCGCUUCGGUAAUGGCAAUCUCCGCCUUCUACUUCCACAAGCGCAGCGUCGACCAAGUCCUCGAUCGGCUCCUCAACCUGCGCCGCCACCAAUACGUUUCCGAUUCUGAUGCCGAGGAUUCUGAUUGUGCAGAGCGAAAGAUGAACGUAAAUAUCUGGAGGGAUAAAAAUAAAUUAUUAAAUUCAUUUGAUAAUAAUGAUCAUGAUAAUGAGGAAGAGGAAGAGGAAGAGGUGAGGAAUUAUACAGUGUCGUGUUCGAUGCCUAAUGUGAUGGUUACAAAGAAUGAGUGGAGUAAUGAGGAUUCUUUAGAUAAAAUUGAUUUGAUUCCGUCUAAUUUACCACCACUUCGGACUGAUCGAAGGGAUGACGAAGAUCCAUACAUGAGCAGUUGUGAUCCAAAAAUGCGAGUUGGAUCAGCUGGUAGGCUAGUGACUCCACAUGCCUCAGGAGGUUAUGCAUUUGAGAGUGCAGGAGAUUCUGAUGAGGAAGAGACUGAGCUUGCAACUGAAGAUGAUGGUGUUACAUCCUACGAAAAUGACAUGAAAUCAACAAUUCAAAUUCUUCCAAUCAUUCCAACAAAAGCAGAAAGUGAUGAUUAUGUUCAAAUUCAACAACCAGAAGCAAAGCCUAAUGUAGAUCAAGAUGUCAGAAAGGUAGAUACAACUUCAAUGCGCACUGUGGGAUUUAAUCCCAUUUUUGCCAAUAACAUUUUGCCACUGCCAACCGUGCUGCAUGACGCAAUGAAUGUUGAAGAACAAGAAGUCCUGAAGAUGAUUCGUGAAUGUUUAGAUUUGAGGGAAAAAUAUGUUUUCAGGGAAAAUGUUGCACCGUGGACUAAAAGUGUGGGAGAAUCUAGCAAAUCAAAUGUCAUUGAUGAUCCAUUUCGCUUUGUCCCUGUUGAAGCAUCUUCUCACAAUUUCAGAAUGGAAGACGGCGUGGUGCACGUUUAUGCAAGUGAAAAGGACACUGAAGAACUUUUUCCCGUCGCGAGUUCAACAAGAUUUUUUACUGAUAUGCAUCAUCUUCUGAAAGUUAUGUCCAUUGGAAAUGUCCGUUCUGCAUGCCACAACCGAUUACGAUUUCUUGAGGAGAAAUUCCGCCUUCAUUUGCUGGUGAAUGCAGAUAGGGAGUUUGUGGCUCAAAAGAGCGCACCCCAUCGUGAUUUUUACAAUAUUCGAAAAGUCGACACUCAUGUCCAUCAUUCGGCUUGCAUGAAGCAAAAGCAUCUUCUCAAGUUCAUCAAGUCAAAAUUAAGAAAAGAACCCGAUGAGGUUGUUAUAUACCGUGAUGGGCAGUAUCUUACGCUGAAAGAAGUCUUUGACAGUUUAGACUUAACUGGGUAUGAUCUUAAUGUGGAUUUGUUGGAUGUGCAUGCUGAUAAGAGUACCUUCCACCGAUUUGACAAAUUCAAUCUCAAGUAUAAUCCUUGUGGACAGAGUAGGCUUCGAGAGAUCUUUCUAAAGCAGGAUAACCUCAUCCAAGGACGUUUCCUAGCUGAAGUGACUAAGCAGGUUCUGUCAGAUCUUGAAGCAAGUAAAUAUCAGAUGGCUGAGUAUAGGAUUUCAAUUUAUGGAAGAAAACAGAGUGAAUGGGAUCAACUAGCAAGUUGGUUCAUAAACAAUGCAAUUUAUAGUGAAAAUGCUGUUUGGUUGAUUCAGCUGCCAAGGUUAUACAAUGUCUACAGGAGUAUGGGAACUGCCACAUCUUUUCAAAAUAUAUUAGAUAAUGUGUUCAUUCCACUUUUUGAAGUCACAGUGGAUCCGAAUUCUCACCCUCAAUUGCACCUGUUUCUAUUACAGGUUGUAGGUUUUGACAUUGUAGAUGAUGAAAGUAAACCAGAGAGGAGACCUACGAAGCACAUGCCUAAGCCAUCUGAAUGGACAAAUGAAUUUAAUCCUGCCUUUUCAUACUAUGCUUACUACUGCUAUGCCAACUUGUAUACACUCAAUAAGCUUCGUGAAUCCAAAGGGUUGCCAACAAUCAGAUUUCGUCCUCAUUGUGGGGAGGCUGGUGAUAUUGACCAUUUGGCUGCUGGGUUUCUUGUGUGUCAUAAUAUAGCACAUGGGAUCAAUUUGCGGAAAUCCCCAGUCAUGCAAUAUCUGUACUACCUUGCUCAGAUUGGUUUGGCAAUGUCUCCACUGAGCAACAACUCUCUUUUCUUGGAUUAUCAUCGCAACCCUUUUCUAAUGUUCUUCCAACGUGGCUUGAAUGUGUCACUCUCAACUGAUGAUCCCCUGCAAAUUCAUUUCACAAAAGAGCCUCUUGUGGAAGAAUACAGUGUAGCAGCCAAGGUCUGGAAGCUUAGUUCGUGUGACCUUUGUGAGAUAGCUAGAUAUUCUGUUUAUCAGUCAGGAUUUUCACAUGCUGCCAAGUUGCACUGGCUUGGAAACGAAUAUUUCAAGCGAGGUCCCGAAGGAAAUGAUAUACACAAGACCAAUGUACCCAACUCGCGUAUCGCCUUUAGACACGAGACGUGGAAGGCAGAGAUGCAGUAUGUCUAUGCUGGAAAACUUGAGCUUCCUGAAAUGGUAGACCAUUAA